AGUAUUUGAUUGGGUCAUGGGUGCAUAGUCUGUGUGGGUUUCAAUUUCAUUUCAUAUGUCAAAAUAAAUAGGAAAAGUGGAGAUUACGAUUUUAAUUUAGAGCUUUACGAUUAAUGUGCCCUAAAUUAAUUAUUUCAUGUGAAAGUUUCAUUUGAAUAACAGACAUCAAAACAAUUUUCAUGUUUGCUUUUGACCUUACCAAUCAAUAUGUGGGACUCACCAUACUUUACUUGUUUGGUUCUGUAUAUAUUUUCUUUCCAAAUUAUCGCUACUAAUUCUCGCACCUCGAAUAUUUGGAAAUUGGACGUUGAAGAAGGACAAAUCGUUGACGGUAACUCGUUGCCUCAGGAUGAUACUGAUAAAACUAAAAUCAAUGAAGAAGAUACAGUCUUUAACAUAGUAACAUCAACUGUGUACUAUGAACUUAACACUUGGAGGAAACAUGGUGUUGAUAUGUUUUGUACCGAUUGCCAGAUGUAUGAACAGCAAAGGGCUAGUGGAGAAAAUGGUGAAGAUACUGGAGCGAGGGAGGCAAAUGGAAGUGAUAUGGAUGACGAAUACUUGGACUGUGGCAAAUCUGUCAAUUUUACGUACUAUGACAACCUCGUAGGAGUGCAGAGGCGACACAGACAUCCCAAUGUACCUGAACCCCAGGUUGCCCUUAUAUUCACAAAGAAGAAAGCAUUCAAAAACGGUGUAACAGAAUUGGACAUAAAUGCAUUGGAGAAACGCCUGAAGAAGGCUAAAAGAGAGAAACCAAAGUCAGUGCAGCUUUACAAUCAAAUUGGUAACUUCUGGAGGAUCAAGGGUGACACCAGACAGUCCAUUGAGUGCUUCCGGCGAGCACUUGCAGUGUCGCCGUACAAUGCUGAAGUGCUGUUAAACCUAGCGCGGGUCUUGUUCACGCUGCAAUACCUCGACGACGCGAUCUAUCUGACGCGACGCUCGCUGGAGGUGCAGCCGCCCGACCGCAGCGCGUGGCAGCAGUACUUCACUCUUGGCGAGAUAUUCAAGGCGUAUGGACACUAUCAGGAGGCAGCAGUGCACCUCAAGCAUGCGCUAGACUUGCGGCCUGACUUCGAGCCAGCGCUGGUCGCAUUGAAGGACAUCGAGAACACGCCAGAGGCUACUGUGCAUGUGUACACGCUCCUUAUCAUCAUUUGUUUGGUGAUGGGCGUGCUGCUAGUGAUCCUGUCGUCGGUGGACUGCGGCAGCGACGCGGACGAGCACAAGACGCAGCGCCACUUCAACCGCGCCAUGGCCAUGCGCUCGCUGCGCGGCGUGGCGCUGCCCGGCGCGCGCGGCCGCAAGAAAGGCGGCGCCUAGACACCGGCCCCACCAGCCCCGAGUUUACAACCUCUGCAAGUAGCUUAUAAAUAUUUCACACUUCGCGGUUUGAAAACAGCGAAGGCGAUCUGUGGGCGUGGCUGAUACACACCGAACACUCGCUUGCCUAUAAUGCAUGCAUUUUGGGAACACACUCAACAUAUUUGCUGUGUCAACUGUCAGGUCAAAAGUACGAUUUUAUCCUAAGACUGAGAUCUCAGACUUAAGACACUGAUAAAACGAGACAGCGUUAUACUGCUGGAAUAAAUCUGUCUCGUUUUAGCUGAAACUUAAGUCUAAACAAGUCAAAGUGUGCUCUAUAGAUUUCAACCUAGUCCCUGAGACUAAAUCGUACUUUUGACAUGGCAGUUGACAGAGCAAAUAUGGCGAAAGCCUUCUCAAUCACGAUGUUGCCUAUUGCGAGAGCGAGGGAAUCGGUAUGGGAGCCGAAGGUUUGUUACUGAGGAGUUUUUAAUGAUUUUUCGCUAUUUAAAAAAAAAUAAUGAUGAGCGUUUAGUGCAUGAUACG